UCCAUGACCAUUUCGAGUUCAAGUUCUGAGGCGAGCUCCGAAACUUCGGAGACUGGACAGUCUUCAGGAGAUCCAUCGGUCCGAAAACCGUGGUGCCGAUGGUUGCCCCGAUCGUACCUGGUGGUCUUUGUCAUCAAUGCCACUGCGACCCUUCUGCUGUGGCCUGCUGAUAUUGAGUAUCAUCCUGAUCCCCGGUACAUCAUGUCUGUCCACUCAACAUGCGACUCUUCUUCUUUGGGCUGAUGCUGUCGAGUCUGGGAGCCGGCUGCGUGGCAGCCUUUCUGGUGAGAAGGGCUGAAGCUUCAGGUCAUACAAAGUGGGCCUGUGGCUAUGCCAUCAUCAACUGGAUUCAAGCCAUGUUGGGCUCACUGGGAAUGAACAAUGCAGGUUAUGGGUUGUGCAGGUAUGGAGUGAUACCAAACCCAGCCUUCAAUAUUUGGUAUUCUGCACUUGCAUUCUGCCGAUUGCUGCUGUAUCUCGUUGCUUCCUUCUGGAUGCAGACACUCAUCGCUUCACGGCUGGAUCUCUUGGAGCAAUCUUCCAAUCGGAGCUACCGCAGUGGCUGCUUUCGCAGACUGAUGUGGGCCCAAGUCUUUGGGGCAGCAGGGGUUUUGCUUCCCAUUGCGGGCGUGCUCUUUUAUUCGGCCUACAACAAUAGUAACAAUGUUACAAGUAUCAUCAUUUUCGCUACAAGUAUGUGGAGCCUGAUCGCAAUAGGAGGCAUCACAUUGCUGUGCAAUUGGGCAGCGAGCAUCGUGGCCAUUUGCUCUUUCCGAAAGUCUUAUUCGGAGCUGCGGAGGAUUUGUCGCCUGGCAGAAGCCAAUGAGGCGCCUAUCUCCGCAAGAUCUUCCUUAAGACGAGCCCGAAGGUUUGCUGGCUUGCAAGGGUUGGGUGUAUCAUUUAGCCUCCUGUUCACGGUUCUGCUCGUUCCAGCACGUGUUUUUUCUGCUGUCUUGUAUGGCUAUGACUCUUUGAAGGUAGUCUUGUUUCUUAUUCAAGCUUUUGAUGCCCUGGGAAAUGCUGUGGCCGUUCUCCUUCUGUCCGGCAGCCACAGGAUGGCCAAAGUUGAAAGGAGUCAGGGGAGCCAAUGUGGCUGCUGGAAAGUCGAAAAGGCCGAGCAUAGCAGAAACCAACAGACUUCGCAUGAAGAUGUGAACUGGACUAGAAAGGUGGAAGAACUUUCAAUGCGGGGGAUGACUUUGCGUAGCCUCCUGCAGUUCUAUCAAGAAAACCUACCUUCGAUGCCGGAUUGGAAAUAUGCGCCCAAGGAACACAAGACCAGAGAUGUGGUCCGAAGAGCGAUCAUCCCAUUGACUAGCAGAGAAGAAUGCGCAUUCUCAGUUUCAGCUUUCAACAAGGAUGGUCCGAAACGGGCACAGGUCAUGGUGACCCACAAUUGGGGCAACUUGUUCAGCGACCUGCUGGCUGCAGUGCUGUCGGAUGCCCUGCAGGAAUGCAGUUUCAGCUUGCCAGCAGAACUUCUGCAGGAGGAUUGCGCUUUCCUGCAGGACCUUCUGGCGAAAAUGGGCCGGUUGGAUGAGACAUACUGGAUAUGUGCGUUUGCUGUGAACCAGCACAUCAGCAUCUGCCACAGCAACCCGUAUGACCGGGAUCCUUUCACAAAUCAGCUGCACCCAGUGUGCCAGUGCAACAGCACAAACAUAGUUGACCCGGAUGGCCGAAGUGCCUCGUCAGAGAUCAACAAGUUUGAUGACAUGCUGCGUCUUCUUGCCACGACUGGGGGAUGCCGGCAGGUCAUUGCAGUGGACAAAUCCCUGGAUUUGUUUCGCCGUGCCUGGUGCGUGGCUGAGAUUGCGGAAGCCAAACGUUUGCAGAUGGACCAGUCAUUGAAACUCUGGUCCAAAGCAACGCUGCAGGGACGCGCCCGGACAUUGGAAAACUUGGAUGUGCGGGACAUGCGUGCCUCCUCGGAAAAGGACAAGGAACUCAUCCUUGGCAAGAUUCAGGAUGUAGAUGAUUUCAAUGCCAAGCUUCAGGUGCUCAUUUUUGAUCCAAAAUCAGGCCUUGUUGCCACAUGGAAUGCCAUGGAUAGCCUGCAGCAGAUUGGUGAAGUGGGCCGGCUCAUUCGAUGGGGCCUGGCAGAUGCAGGCAGUGGAAAAGUGUGGAAAGCAUGGGAAAGCCACAACUGAAUCCACUUUUUAAGCACAGCCCAGAAGAGGCAUGUGCCAGUAUCACUUUUGCAACCUGCCACCCGAAAGAGGCAGCAAAUUCAGAUUGGA